AUGCCUUUCGCGGCGCUCCCGUUGGCUAACGAGGUGCUAAAGGUGCUGGAGAAGCAGGGCUUUACAGAGCCUACCCCCGUUCAGGAGGCCACCAUCCCCUUGUUCUGCGGCAACAAGGAUGUUGCUGUGGACGCCUGCACUGGCAGCGGCAAAACCCUGGCGUUUGUGCUGCCUGUUGUGGAGCGGCUGCGUCGCCUGGAGCAGCCGCUGCGGCGCAACCAGGUGGGAGCCAUCAUUGUGAGCCCUACCAGAGAGCUGGCCCGCCAAAUCUUCGACGUGGCGCAGCCCUUCGUAGCGACUGUGGCCUGGCUGCAGGCCUUGUUGCUUGUUGGCGGCACGGACCCUGCUGUGGAUGUGGCAGCAUUCAAGGAAGUUGGAGGCCAUGUGCUUGUCGGAACGCCGGGCCGCCUAGACGACAUCAUGCAGCGCUGCACAACAAUGGACCUGCGCACCGUUGAGGUGCUGGUGCUGGACGAGGCAGACCGCCUGCUGGACAUGGGGACUGUUCAGUGCAACGCAGACAGAAGCAGUGGAGGCCCUGGCGCGGGCCGGCAUGCGUAA